AUGGACUCAAUCCCUCUCAGGUGUGAUGAGGAAGUAUUUUGCAUCCGAGCCAAGCCUUCUUUGACAACAGAUCAAUUACUUUAUUCCGGUCAGGAUCCACUCUAUCCUGGAAACGAGAACUUAAUUUUACCUCGACUCGCGACUUUUGUCCAUGGAGCCCUCGAAAUACCCGCACAGAUGGGGUUACGUUGCAUUUAG